AUGCACUACAUUACCUAUCUACUUCUUGGUAAGGUAGAAAUUUUGUGCUGAACUGCACCCAAAAUAUGAGUAAACCAAACAUUGUUUGUGUGAUGGGAGAGGCUCAAGUCACAAGUAUUGUUACUCUGUGGCCACAGGAAAAAUUCUAAUCGCUAUUUUUAAAACAUUGUUUUUCUGUCUGAAUUCAUAGAAAAUCUAUUGUAUGAGCCAAAACAUCAGCAAAACUCUAGAAAAGGGAAGAACAUCAGCCACACUCCACAGAAAGUAAAUGACACCAGCCACACUCCAUAGAAAAGAAAAAACAUCAGACGCACUCCACAGAAAGUAAAGGACAUCAAACACAUUCCAUAGAACCUAAAGAACAUCAGCCACACUCCACAAAAAGUAAAGAACAUCAGCCACACUCCACGGAAAGUAAAGAACAUCAGACGCUUUCCAUAGAAAGUAAAGAACAUCAGACACAUUCCAUAGAACCUAAAGAACAUCAACCAAACUCCACAAAAAGUAAAGAACAUCAGCCACACUCCACGGAAAGUAAAGAACAUCAGCUACACUCCGCAGAAAGUAAAGAACGUCAGGCGCUUUCCAUAGAAAGUAAAGAACAUCAGGCGCUUUCCAUAGAAAGUAAAGAACAUCAGACGCAUUCCAUAGAAAAUAAAGAACAUCAGGCGCUUUCCAUAGAAAGUAAAGAACAUCAGACGCAUUCCAUAGAAAAUAAAGAACAUCAGACGCAUUCCAUUGAAAGUAAAGAACAUCAGACACAUUCCAUAGAACGUUAA